AUGAAAACACAACACUCCAUGAAGAACUGCUCAAGACUCAAACUGAGAAAGAAAUCACGUCACGAAUCACAGAGUCCUAGUGGAGAUGUCAGUGACCUUGACGCUCAACUUGAACUCAUAAAGCGUGAACAUGCUGCUGAGACUGCUCAACAAGAAGAGAAGAUAGCCCAGUUGGAGCAUGAGUUGGAGGAAGCCACAAGCAACAGCUUAGAGAUGCAUAAGAUGCUUUCAGAAAUGUUAUCAGCACAAAAGGAUACAUCAGCUUUCCAGGCAUCUGUAGACCAUCUUCAGGAAAUGCUUGAUGGUCAGCAAGAAAAGGUGGAAGCAUUAAAUUCUGACCUAGCACUGAAGACAAGACUAAAUGAAGAACUUCAUCUUGAACUAUCAUCUUCCCAGAGAACAAGUGGCAAAAUUAGAUUCUCAGGUUCAGCAGUUAACACAGUCACUAAAGGAGUUGAGCACUUCCAAGGAGGAUAUCAAUCAACAGCUACUGAAAGACAUGGAACUUGUCAAGAACUCCAGACUGCCAAUGAUUCCCUCUCCAAACAGUCUGAGGACUAUGACCACCAGUUAUCAGACUUGAAGGAAGAACUGCAGACAUUACAGGAUACUAUUGCCACCUUACGGGAAAGUGUGGACACCAAGGAGUCAGAACUUAAAGUUGCCAAGGAAUGUUUGAAAACACUCCAGUUAACCUCAGGAGAUUCUCAAGUUGCACCUGAUGACAAUAAGCUGUCCUCACUCUUUGAUGUCAUUACAAUUAAGGCAGAAUUGCAGAGGGUGAGCAGUGAACGCCUGAACUUGGAAGACCAAUUGAAAGAAUCAGAAAUGGCCCAGAAAAACUUGGAAGACACUAUGUCCUCCAUUCGGUCAGAGGUAACAGACCUGCGUACAAUGCAUGAUGAAGCAAUACGUGAAAAGCAAGAGGCAAUGAGCAAGUUAGCAGUCUUGACCCAGUAUUUUGAAGAGAAAGAAGCACAACUCACAAAGGAACUGGAGUCACAGGAAGGACUACGUAUGAAUGCUGAAGGGACAGCAGCCUCUGUAGGCCACAAGAUUCAUAACUAUGAGUUGGAAGUUGCAUCCUACAAGGAAGGAAAAAGUCUUCCUGAAGCAAAGAAAGGAGUAAUCCCCAGAAUGUCCAUGGAACACUUUAACCUGGCAGACCUGUCACCCACCACAGGAGAUGUGCCUGUCUCAGAUGAGUACAAAGUAGAAUGGGUGAAAGCUAAAGCUGAAUUCAAACGGAAAAAUCGGCUGCUUUUACUGCUGAUGUUUGUGAUAAGAAUCAAAAGAGCUCAGGUCCAACUGUGGCCUUUGCUCUCCAAUCCUCUGAUUCUUCCCAUUCUUCGGACUCAGGCCAGAGCCUCAACGAAUCAGUACAUUCAUAUGAAUCUUCUUUGUCACAAGAAACAAGAAGCAGCAACAAACCAGAACAAUCAGAGCCUAGUGGAAUAUCCCCAACUAGAUUUAUUGCAAUGUGUUCCUUUCACAACUAGUGCAGGAAGUUUUUCUGGACUAGCAUUGUCACGACCAGCAUCCCUCAAGAUAUCAUCAAGAUUAGAUUCCUUAUCCUCAGGACAUAUGAACACAAACAAUGCACUGUCCACAUCAUCAGUAACAACAAGCUUGAAUUCAUUAACCACCCAACUCUCUGGUGUGGAUAGUGAACCAAACCUUAGUACAUCAGUCCAAGAUGAAGGACAUAGUCAGUCUGCUCUUGACAUAGGACUGCACAGCAGCAGCUUAGUAAAUAUUGGAACAGUUUAUGGCACCCAUUUUGAUGUAACGAUACAGGAAACUCCUGCCUCUGAUGAUGUGAAAAGUACGGUUGCUGCCAUGAAGAGUAUCUUUGAGAGAGAUGCUAAGCUCAGGUCUGUGUCAGACAAAUUUUCCUUUGGCUCAAAUGAAAACUUCACUUUUGGCACAACAGUGAAGAGUUCACACAGUUCAGAAUCACUGACCAAGAUAGAAAAGAAAGAGUUUGGGACAUUCAGCACUUCAGAUAUGAACCUGGUGGAGAAGAAGAAAAAAGCUCAGGUUCAAAGUCUGCAAAAAGAACUACAAGAGCAGGAAAAUUCCUACAAGGCUCAACUUGACAGCUGUGAGAAGAAGGCUCAUGACAACUGGCUACAGGCACGUGCUGCUGAGCGGAAGCAUGAAGAACAAAGGCAGGAGAAUAGUCAGCUGCGGAACCGGCUGACACUACUGCAGAAGGAGAGAGAAGACAUGCAAGGAAGCAUCCUGAAACCUACUUCCAAACGUCUAGAUGCUAAUGGAAGAAUGCCUUCUCCGGGCCCCAUUAUAGAAGGGGAAGUGGAUGGUGAACAUUCUGAGUCACCACCUCAUCCUUUACAUGGUCCACCCAUGAUGCCCCCUGGAGUCCCAUUACCUCCAGGAAUCCCUCCCCCUCAUGGUUUUCAUGGAGUGCCACCCCCACCCCCACCACCUGGCCUGCCACGUGGGGUGCUUCCACCAUUUCAUCCUGGGGAGUUCCCAUUCAUGAGACCACCACUGCCUCCCCUCCCAGGAGACCGACGCCUUCCUCCUGCAGGAGGCAUGUCAUCUCCCCCAUUCAGGAGGUCUGGGUCUCCAUCAUAUGGUCACCGCAAUGACCGUUACUCUCCUAGCAGUGAACAUUCUCACCUCUCAGACCGCCAUUAUUCACCACCACCCCUGCGUCACAGACCUCCCUCCCCUGACAUGCACCGCCGCAAUCAUUCCCCUGAUAGGAGGUCUGAUAGGUUAAGAUCACCUGACCGCCGCACUGACAGAGUCAGAGCUUCUCCUGAUCAUCAUCGCUCAAACCGGAGAACCCCAGAUCGUAGAUUAGACAGACGUUCUCCAGACAGACACUUCUCCACAAGGUCACCUGAUGGUUACCACAGACACAGUUCUUCUCCCCACGACUAUUAUGAUCAUUCUGAUUAUAACAGUGAUGACUCCAGGUUACACCAAACUUCUAAUAAAGGAAAGAAGACUUCCACACCCCUGGCCCCCUCAGACAGGUGGAGGAAUGAUGUAUAGCUGCUGCUGCUAGGUGCAAUUUAUUGUGUGUCUGGAUCCAGAGUUUUCCAGUUUUGUCUUCUCACAAAGUCUUUACUAGUGACUGCACACCCACACAGUUGCUUUUUUUAAUUAUUUAUUACUUGAAUAAAACCAUUCCAAGUGAAGAAAGGGGAACAAAAUUGUUACAGUUCACAGAUAAUUCACAUAAUUUAUAUCCACAUGUAAUCAUGUUUCAUUUGAUGUAGUAUCAACAGAUGGAUAUGCAGACUUUACUUUGAUGGUUUGUAAGUAUUUGCUUUUGUAUUGGCAAUGAUAUAGACUCAUUUGGUAUCCCUCAUGAUGUUUGAGCAGGUCAUCUAGAUAGCUGCAGGGCCACUGUAUUUACUUUGUGAGUCCAGCAGUGGAGAGUUUGUCUUCAUUGUGGUUGUUAUCAAGAUGGUGUGAUAUCAUGGCAGGAAGAGUGAAGCAUUCAACUCUUGUAAAAGCUGCAGUUUUAUGUGAUUGGUUGUAUGAAUGCUUGUGAGUUAAGCAUGAAACUGUAUAUUUGUAAUAUUCAUUGUAUAUUAGGAUGAAGCAUUUUGUACUUGACCACCUUAGUGAGUUCCCAUUGGUCAUACAAUGACUGGUGAUUAAUUUCCAGUGGCAGUAGUGAGCAGGUGCUGUAUGUUCAUGGUGAGGUUUCCCCUUGUUAUAAUAUGUUGAUGACAGUUUAAUAAACUUGUACGAAA